AUGUCGUUUGAUGUUCUCCCUGUUGAGAGUGAAGUGGCAUCUGCAUCACCAACGACGUUCCCAGACAUACCGCCAGACGACUUGAUCAACCCCAUCGCCCUCCCUCAAUAUCCCCAAGAUGCUUCAUCGCAGCUCAUCCUAUACCCAACACCCUCCUUCGACAUCCUCUCCCUCUUCCCCUCGUUCUCCUUCACAAACCCAACCGAGCCCGCCCCUUCAAUCGGCAGCGACGACGUCCAAGCCAUGACAUUCCACUCCACCGUCCUCGCACCCAUGAAAUCAACCCGCAAAGCCGCUCUAUCAGCACAUUCCAUCUUCCUCAACUUUGCCGUCCAGAACCCCAUGGCGCUACAUUUCCUUCUUGCUUUUUCACACAGCGAACUAGCUAUCCAUCAUGGUUUCAGCCAAAGACCGCCUUUGGAGUCGUAUCUGCAUUUUCAGAACGGAUCGCAGCUUUUAAGCCAGGCGCUCGUGACAUUAUCGCCUACGAACCACGUCGCGAUGAUGUUGUCGUUUUUGUAUCUUUAUAUGUUUUGGAUGAGGAGGGAUCCGUUGGAGGUGGAGAGACUGCGAGAGUUGAGUACCUCGAUUCUUGCGUAUGUUACGACGUUUUCGCUAGAUGAGGUUUGUGCCAAUUCCAGCGGGAGUACAGGGACGUCAGAGCCCGUUACGCUAUCGCGGAUCUUGACGUAUAUCUAUGAUCGCGAUGUAUUCUGUGGUUUCUUUGGCUGCGGUGCUGCUUUUGCGGGUUAUGUUAGUCAAAAGCAUGAGACGAGGCAGCGAAUAUGGCUUCUGUCACGCAUGCCGAUAUUACCAGACCAGACGGAGACGUGGUUCAGGUCUGAGAGUCAGCCGGAGACGAUUCAGAGAAGGAUUUUGGAUGUUUACUUCGGUCUAAUUGUGAUACAAUACGAGAUAAAUGUGUAUAGCCAGAGUGAACUGGCUGUACUUGGGAAGUGGGUGGAGAUUAGGAACAAGUUGGACAAGAUACGAGAGGAGCAGAACUUCCUCUUCACAUUAUCGAGAGACUGCGCCCAACAGUCUACUAAGCCACCAUUAAUGGCCCUCGUAGCUGUAACCAUCUUCCACGCCCUAGAGAUCUACCUGCACCGCAGCCGUGACACAUUCUUCGGCGAGGCACCAGUCCCAGCUGAUAUUGAGCGCGCACUCCAAGAACUAGUCUCAGCAGCAUACCACACCAUCCCCGUCGGACCAGUCCAGCUCCUAGAGCGCUUCCAAUGGGCUCUUUUAAUCGGAGGAAUCGAAACACAUGACCCCGUAUACCGAGACUGGAUCUCGGCGAGUAUUUCAGAUCCCGUUAUCAAGGGCGUUUACAACCUCGUGGUGUCGGCUAAGACACUGUCGGCUAAAGGAAUAUCGAUGGAGGCGGUUCGGGAAUUAGUUAGCAAGCAGACCAGACCAUAUCAUGAUAAUUAG